AUGUCGGCCACACCGGAACCAGCGCCCGCGCCAACGAGGAACGAGCGCAAAGCAUGUUGGUCACACCGCGACAGCUACUUUGCAUGCUUGACACAGAAAGGCGUCACUAUUCCACCAGGAACAGACAUGAGCGAUGGAAGGGGGCCCAUCGGAAAGGCCGCCAAAGCAGAACAAGAGAGACUAGAAAGGGACAAGAAGCAAAGUGUCGACGAAGCACGGAAGCAAGACCCUUGCCUCGCAGAACGACAAGGUGGACUACUUCAACAAGAGAAGAGUGCUCGAGGAACGUCAGAGGAUGAUGUACGAGCAAUCCGCAUCGCAAGGGCCCAAGCCCUGAAUGGGGACCGCCUCUUUGCCGUCUCUCCGAAGCUUGAGCACACCCUGCGAUCUUUCGCCAUAACCACUCGCCCGACUCGCAACCGCCCAUUUCGGUAUCGUUCCGACGACGUCCCACCAUUUUUCCGCCGCAUCAUCUGCAUCACCUCUUACGCUCCGAACCUCCAACUAUCUCGUGGCUUCUGGACCCACAGCCCAGCAGAAGAGCUGCGGCGCAUCGCAGACUUCGCCUUCCCGUUUAUGGCUGCGCAUGAGCCACGCCGGAUCUCACACAACGCCUACCUACCACCACAGAGGCCCUAA